AUGGCUGCCGCUGAUGAUACCGAUACCGAGGCUUCGGACCUCCUAAUCCAAGUUGGUACGGAAACAGGCACUUUGGGUCCAAUGUCUGAAUCGUUCUUUGAUACUGAUGUGGCCCGAUUCAAUCGAGCCAAUUCCGCCGUGCCCACAUUAACAGAUUGUAGUCGACGUUCGGAUGACGAGGAUGACUACGGUGAGGAGGAUGGCACAUUGCGUAUGACAGUAAGCACACUAAAUCGUCCUGGACCCGAAGGGCCCGAAUCCACUGAUCUUCUGUGGACGUUGGGUCACUGA